AUGACUUAUUAUGUUGCUCCUCACCUCAACUACUUCACUAUUCCCAUCGCGGAUUUCAUCGCUGCCCGGCCGGAAAUCGAUGGCUUUGCCAUUUGCGCAUACAUUUUCUCUCGUGCCCAUUCUACCCCGCGUAUCCUUCUUCUCCAACGAGCGUUGUCAGACUCCUCGCCCGGGUGUUGGGAAGGACCUGGAGGCGCAUGCGAGCCUGAAAAUGACAAGACUGUACUGGACUCCCUUGUACGUGAGACAUUUGAAGAAAGCGGCUUGCAUGUCUCUCGCGUUGUUGAUUUGGUAGCGGUUGAUUGCUGGGAGCAUCGUCGACGCAACGGAGACAAGAUCCGUCUUGCUAAAUACUCGUUUUUGGUUGAAGUAUGCGAGGGCAGCAAGGAAUUCGAAGGAAAACAAGAGCCAGUGCCAACAUCCGAGAUCCCCAUUCGACUCGAACCGACGGAGCACCAGGCGUUUGUCUGGGCAACGGAAGAUGACGUCCAGCUUUCUAUAGAGUCUACCAAUGGUCUAUACAAAUUUCCGUCGCCUCCAACUGGAAGCCAUGCAUUGAGCAUUCUAAGGGCUUUUCAACAGGUUGAAAGGCGAUAA